AUAAACGGUGCCAUUUCUCCAGUUAGAUAGGAUUGAACUGUCCGUACACUGUUACAAUGGUUUCUUCAUUGCUACUUUUGUGUGCUUGUCUGGUGGGACUGGUGUCAUCAAGGAUACCCCCCUUAUAUAAACCUCAAGAUGCACAUGUUCACUUCCAGCGUUUCAUAGAACAAUACAACAAAUAUUACGAAACUGAACAUGAGAGGCAAAUGCGAUUCGAAAUAUUCAAAGAGAGUUUGGAAGAAAUCAACCGUUUCAACGAAGAUAGUGAACACGCAUUCUUUGGUGUGACGGAGUUUUCUGACAUGACAGCCGAAGAAUUCACUAACACUUACACCUGUAUGGGAGGUCAGAACUUCACAAGCCUGGGCUCGUUGUGCAACGUGGUUUCUGAAAAUGAAAUUCAAAACACCGAUGCCCCCGACUCUUUCGACUGGCGUAAGAAGAACGUUGUCACUCGAAUCAAAAAUCAAUUAAAAUGUGGUAGCUGUUAUUCUUUCAGUUCAACAGGUUUCAUAGAGGCACAAUACGCCAUGAAACACAACAGCCUGGAGGAAUUCUCUGAACAGCAGAUAGUUGACUGUGACAGGGGUUCAAUGGGUUGCAUAGGUGGAACAAUGGCAUCGGCUUUCAGCACGAUAAUAAACCAAGGAGGAUUGGAAUUGGAGACAGGCUACCCAUAUCAAGGACGCCAAGGUCGUUGUCAAUACCAACCUGGUAAGGCGAUGGUAAGGCUGAGUGGGUGUUCUACGUACAAUCUAUCGUCACAAGAGAAACUGAAGCAGCUGUUGCAUUCCGUGGGACCUAUAGCAGUUGCUGUGAGAGCUUCUAACUAUAGAAACUAUCACGGAGGCAUCAUGACCGAUGAUUUCUGCGGCUAUGACAGAGUCAAUCACGCGGUACUGCUGGUGGGAUACGGAACAGAGAAUGGUCAUCCAUACUGGAUUGUCAAGAACUCCUGGGGUACCAGCUUUGGGGAGCGAGGAUACUUCCGAGUUUCCCGCGCUUCGGAUUCCGACUCUUGCGGCAUGUUUAACAAUAUGAUGGCGACUGCUACCAUUGUAAUUGUAGUUGAUUGUUCUGUGAUGUAUUUACCGUUAGUGUACUUCUGCGCAUGCGCGCUAGGGCUCACACACGCCGACUUUGAACCGUUCAAACUUGAGCAUGCAGAGCAUCACUUUGAGCGCUUCAUCAUAGAGCAUGAGCGCAGCUACGCCCAUGAAUAUGAGAAGAAAAUAAGGUUCCAAGUAUUCAAGGACAAUUUGGAAAAGGCCAACGUUUUGAACCAAAAGAGUGGUCAAGCAAUGUUCGGUAUAACACCAUUCUCUGACCUUACAACUGAAGAGUUUGUCAGAGACUACACUGGAUUGCAGACAACUUUAGGAGAUGAAAACCUUUGUAAAGUAUUCCCUUUACUUCCAAACAAGUAUCAGGGUGAAGCAGCAAGAUCAUUUGACUGGCGUGAUUGUCAUGCCGUCACUCCAGUAAAGUACCAAGGAAGCUGUGGCAGCUGUUACGCAUUUAGUGCUAUAGGUAACAUUGAGAGCCAGUACGCUAUUAAAACCAAGAAACUCGUAUCGUUAUCGGAGCAGCAGAUAGUCGAUUGUGAUGAAACUAAUGCAGGUUGUUGUGGGGGGUACCCAUCUAAUGCAUUCAAGAAGCUAAUACAACAAGGGGGUCCCCAAACCAACAAAGAUUAUCCAUAUGUUGGGAAAGUUCAACAUUGCAAAUUUGAUGAGAGAAUGGUGCGCGUGCGACUAACCGCCUGCCAGUCUUACAAUUUCACUUGCCAAGAACACGUAGAAAAACUUUUGUACAAUUAUGGACCUAUCUCUAUAGCAAUCAAAUCAAAUCAUCUCCAGUUAUAUACUGGUGGAGAAGGAGGCAUCAUCAACGAUGACGUGUGUGAUGUUGGUGAUAUCAAUCACGCGGUUUUACUCGUGGGAUAUGGUGAAGAGAAAGGGAAGCCAUACUGGAUUGUAAAGAACUCCUGGGGGCAGAAUUGGGGAGAGAAAGGAUAUUUCAGGAUGCAACGCGGACCGCACGCUCAGUCCUGUGGAAUGAUGAAUAAAUGGAUGGCAACUUCUACCAUAGAAUGAUAGAAGUAUUUCCUAAUAAUCUUGUACAUCUCGACAAACAUAGCAAAGUACCUUAUUCCAUGGCAAGUAGUGAAUAAAAUCAUAUUUUGAAUUAGCAAAUCAUUUUAUUUUCGUGGGGCAUGAUGUGGAUCUUGAUUUACUCGACAACAUUUCUAAUCUUAUUUUGUUUUCUAAACUAAAAAUUAUUGGUAGGUAUUUAGGUACUUAUAGAGACUUUAUCAGUAAACUAUUUAUUCAAGCAACUAGAAAAGGAUUUUAUUACAACGAAAGCAAAGAUUCCUUGAGUACACCAACUGUAAAUAAAAUAUAAUAUGAACCUACGGGCAAUAUUCAUUUCAGCCACAACUUCACGUCUUAUCUCCACCAAAAGUUGACAAAGCGACGAA